UUCACGACAGGCUAAAUAACCCAAAAAUAUUGCUGUUCGUUUUUUGACGGCACCUCAUAUGCGGAAAGUUCAGAUCAAAUGUUUAUUCAUUUGUUGUUAUUUAUUUGUCCAGGACCCCGUUCUUCAUCGAGAAGCACGGCGAUGAGAGAGAACAGCUCAUAUUAGCCAAAAUUUCCCUACAUAACUAAUAUUUUACGGAAAAAUGACGGUAAAAUCAUAUUUGUUAUUGUUUGCGUUCGCCGCGUCACAUAAGAGCAUCAUUCUGCGACCGUGACGUCAUCGGCCCUCGCCAGGAAAGCAUGGCGCUGCCCUGCAGUUGGCCGGGAUGGUAACAGCGCCACAGUUUUUCUGACUUUUGGACACUUUCGCCGGUCCGUGACUGCUUUGCUAUCUCCGGGUUGUAUUUUUUUCUUCUGGAUGAAGUCACAGCUGAAUGACUGAAGGUGGUCCGGCGCCAUGAUGCAGAGGCUGAAGGUCGGCUGGGCAGCUUCGGCCGCGUUAAAAGCCCUCGGAUCUGGCAGGCUGCACCGCCCUGAGCUCGUCGCGGCGUCUUUAAGCCAGCGUCUCUGUCAAACUGGGCCCAAGCAUGAGGACGCCGUGGUCAUCCGCGUCCCUCGCCACCUGCUGAAGCGCGUCGACAACGUGAAGCAAAGCCGGAGCAAAUCCAAGAUCGGCACCGUCAAAGCGGGCAGGCUGCUGAUCCAGAGCAGGAACCCGUCCCUGAACCAAUCUGCGGGCUACAUGCUGGGGAGGUUCGAGCAGCCCGUCCUCUGCUCAAAGGGGUGGAAACACACCAAGUCGUUUGGGGACUACUUCGCCAUCAACAGCACUAAGGAAGCGGCGCCUUUUAUCGCGGCCAGCCCGAAGGAGGACGCCGGGCGGGAGCCGCGCACGUUUCACAGCCUUCACAUCUGCAGGGAGCUGGUGGAAACUCUGGAGAGAAGCGGGAUCAGACACCCCACGGUUGUCCAGCUGCAGACCAUCCCGAAGGUGAUGAGGGGUCAGAACGUCCUGUGUGCCGCGGAGACGGGCAGCGGGAAGACCCUCAGCUACCUGCUGCCGGUGGUUCACAGGCUGCAGGCGGGUGCGCAAGACGAGGGCGCAAACAGGCUCCGGGCUGUGGUCCUGGUGCCCUCCAGGGAGCUGGCCGAGCAGGUGGCGGCUGUGUCCAGGACUCUGUGCGCCCCUCUGGGCUUCCGUACAAGGACCGUGGGUGGCGGGCGAGGCGUGGGUCACAUCAAGGGGGUCUUUAAAAAGGACCACCCGGACAUCCUGGUGGCCACGCCGGGGGCCCUGGUCAAAGCCCUGCGCAGGAACUGCUUGGACCUGAGCGAGCUGAACUUCUUGGUGGUCGACGAAGCCGACACCAUGUUCGACCCGAGCUUCUCCGACUUGCUGGAGGAGAUUCUAUCCCACGCGCGUGUUGCGAGUGACCCCCGGGAGACCCGCGGCCCGGGCCACAGAGCGCAGCUGCUGCUGGUCGGGGCGACCUUCCCGGACGGCGUCGGGGAAGUCCUGAGCCAGGUGACGGACCUGGGCAGGAUGGUUACGGUCAAGAGCAAGAUGCUGCACCACCUCAUGCCGCACGUCAAGCAGACGUUCGUGAAGGUCAAGGGUGCCGAUAAAGUGCUGGAGCUCUACCAGGCCCUGAACAAGCUGCGGCACGAGAAGGGCGGCGGGGCCGCGCUGGUGUUCUGCAACAAGUCCUCCACCGUCAACUGGCUGGGCUACGCGCUGGAGGAGAUGCCCGUCCGGCACGCGCGACUGCAGGGGGAGAUGCCCGCUGCGGUGCGGGCGGGCAUCUUCCAGUCCUUCCAGAGGGGCUCUGUGGAUGUCCUGGUGUGCACGGACGUCGCGUCGCGCGGCCUGGACACUUCCGGGGUGCGCUUGGUCGUCAACUACGACUUCCCGGAGACGCACACGGACUACAUCCACCGGGCAGGGAGGGUGGGUAGGGCGGGAGGGGUGGAGGACGGGGAGGUGCUCAGCUUCGUCACCCACCCGUGGGACGUGGAGCUGGUGCAGAACAUCGAGACCGCGGCCCGCAGGAGGACCAGUCUGCCGGGGAUGAAAUCUGAAAUCCAGGAACCCAAAGUUAAAGUGGCUAACGCAGAGUGAACGACUUGUGCGUUGGUCGAUAUUUAAUGGAAAGCAAGCAUAUAUAACUGCUUGUUAAACACACGACUGAUGAAUAAAAUGUUAGACUGUAUUGUCUUUCACAUUUUUGUGAUUAUUGUUGUUUUUAUUAUUAUUAUUAUUAUUAUUAUUAGAUAUAUUUUUAUUGAAAUUCAGAAGUAUCCAAAGACAAAUCGAACAUCCUCUGACUUAUUACUCAAAAGUUUGGGCACACUUACACAAUAAAGUGUUAAGACAUUUCUCAUUUUUGUUGCUGGGAAUAGACUAAAUACAUUUUCUGGGCCAACAAAAUAGACAAUAUUCAACCCUAAAAGUUAGGCAAUUACACUUUUAUUAAGGCCUACAAUAAUUUGUUCUUUCCUACUUUAUUUCACUAAAAUAUUACACAUUGAGGUUAUUGCACACCAUGUCAAAAUAAAAGAUUUCACAGUAUUACUGUUGAUUGAAAAAUAAAUAAAUAAUGGUUGAUGAUUUGACCUGAGGUGCAAAAGGUUUUCAUACCACUGCUGUAACUGGAUAAAAAAUCUUUCUAAGUGAGAGCAGUUGAUGCUUUUAUUAAUAAACGAUACAUAUGCUGUUUGGAAAAGUAUAUAAAAGGGUUGAAUAUCUGUUACUUCCUGUCAUAUUGCUUUAUCCAUUUAUCUGUCCCUCGGCUGUCUGCCCGGGAAAGUAUGGCAUAAAAGCCAUAGUCAUCUUUUUAUUCCUACUUAUAAUGGGCUAAAAAGAACUGAACUCUGGAAAUUUUGAA